AUGUUAGAUAAACGUGAUGCUAGUACGAAUGUGGAUACACCUGAGUCAGUUGAUCCACAAGCAAGCUUAUAUACUUUAUAUACGGCGAUCGAUCUUCAUUCGGUAAGAUUGCAGAAUGAUUUUGCAAGCAAAUUGAUUGCAAUUAGUAAAAAGAUUGAUCAAGUUUUAUCGUCACGGCAGUUUACAAAAUUACUCUACUAUCCAGCAGGAUUAAAUAUACCACUCGAAGACGAUGUAUCUACCCAAACAUUAAUGCCAUCUGCUGUAUGUUUUAGUGCUGAUUGUGAUGAAAUGAUGUCCUUCUGA